GGUGAGAAAAAAAUAUGCUACUUUCUACCACGCCAGAACUGUUUUGGUCUUAAUUCGUCCUCUGUGCCUGCCAUUUGGUGACUGCUAAAUAGUCAGAUGGAAGUGCAUGGAGCAGUCAGCUCAGUGUAGACAGGACUCUGUCUCAGCAGCCGGCAUGAGCAGCUGCAGUGGACCUGUAGCCUCAGGAGCAAGCAGGAUCAACCCUGCAGAGCCGCACACAGGGUCAAGGCUCCCCAGGUGUGUGCUGAGCAGCGCCGCCCUCUGGGCCCCUCCCGCAGGUGUGCGUUUGUCUUUCAGGAUGAUCUCCUGCUGGAAGCCACUUGGCCACUGGGGUGUGUUCACUACUAGAGGCUGUCAGGAGGGCUUUGAGGUUUCUAGGGAGUCCAAUGAUCUGAUUGGAUCUGUGUUUUCAGAAGGUGGUUCUACCAGUGGGCUUGGGGGAUGGGUGGUCAGGGGGAAGCUGUUACAGUCAUCAAGGAGAGAGAUGACAAGGGCCUGGAUCAGGCAGCCCUGGGACGGUCAGAGGGGACAGCCCUGCAGCAGAGAGGUCAGUGAAGAAGCUAGUGUCAGUCUGAGGCAUGAGGUGGCAAGGGCAGAAACAGAAGGGCAGGGGAAGAAGGACAGGCUGGGAGGCAUUCUGGAGUGGAGUGGUCAGGGGCUGGACGACCAAGAUGUGAGAUGGGGGUCAGAUGAGAGCCCCUCACUGGAGUUCCUCCUUACACAGUCCUUACAGCAACCUGGGCCUGGGGUUUUCCUCUGGAAACCUGGCCUCAUCCAGGUCACCCACACUCACAUGUCCUUGCCCCACGUGUGUCAGGAAGGAAGGCUGCUUGGUUUUGGAGCUGUCUCCCCAGGCCCACAGUGCCAGGCCCUAGCCCCAAGAGCCAUCCCAGCCAGCAUCAGCACCCUCAGCAAGGCCCCGUGGGUCCUCAGCUUUUCCAGGGUCCUGUGGCCCAGCCUGCCUCACCCCGGCAGCAGCGGCAGCUGCCCUUCCCUGUGUGUGGCCCCGGGCGCACCCUUGUCUUCCUGUUUCCCACGGCCCAUCUGGAGAAGGCCGCCAGCUUUGGCUUGCUGGCAUCUCGCAGGGGUCCCUUCCGUGGGCACAUUAGGCUAUGCCCUGUGCCCACUCGUGUCCCAGUGUAGGCGGCUGGUGGUAGGCCAGUGGCCGGGGCAGAGCGCCACUCUCCUGGGCACGUGGCCUGCCAGCCAGCCAGAACACAGCCAGACCAGGCGACGCUCCCUCCACCUAGCCCUGCCUCCAUCGUUUUCGCCUUUUAUUUCUCCCACCUCCAACCACCAAAAGAUGUUUCUCAGGGACGUCAACUGGAAGACAAGGUAAACAGCUAAAGUCUUCUGGCAAAUUCCCGCAGCAGUGAGGCUGACGGAGUGAAGGUGAACCGCAGGCCGGCCAGAUCAUACGUUCCUGCCAAGGCUUGUGGAUGUGUGUGAGGAAAGGCGGGCAGAAGGUACCCUCUGGCACACUGCCAUGUGGCCCCCCAUGGGAGGGUUGUAGAGCAAGUGAAAAAAGGUUGCAAGCCCCAAGUUCCAAAAUGUUGAAAAGGAAGUUGUACUGAGAGGUCACUUCUCCUAUGUGACAGCAGAGACGUGGGAAAGAGGCAAGAUUGUAAAUCUCUGGAAAGAGAUCCAAGGUUUCCCAUCCGGGGAAGGGCCCUGCAGAUGUUCGUUUGAUAUUUUCUCAGCUUCUAAAUAUUUAGAAAUGAAGGUGGAAUGUUUUGUUGAGUGGGGAGAUCAGGCGGGUCAUUGGCUAGUGAACAGUCUCUCCCCACUCAGCAGUAGACACCCCCAAUAUAUCUUCAGGCAGUAAAUCCCCAGCAGAGGCACUUGCCUGUGUAUCCUAGCAGGAACAUCCUCUUUGACUUGCAUUUGGCAGUUAGGCCAGGCAGUAUAUUUUUGUCACAGGGAAGAAGCCCAUUGCCCUUCCAGAUGCAGGGAACAAAGGGUGGGCCGGGCCCAGCUUGGCAGUUCCAGGAGUGCACGCUCGCUGGGGAGGCCUGGCUGCAGCUGCACACACGCUCCUCGUGUCCUGUGGGGUUGCCUGGGUUCAGGGGUGGAGAUGCUUGAGCAGCGCAGCUUCAAGGGGCGGCUGGGUUUUUGCCAGAUGACCUAGGGUGGAGUGACCAGUGCCUGGCUGAGAAGGAAAGCUGGCCUGAGACAGGCUCCCCACAACCAUCCCGUGCUGUGAAGGGCGGAAACAGGAGACGAAGGGACUGGAGAUCCCUGGCAGGAGGCGGCCGAGGCAGGGAUGGACCCUGCUCAGGUUUGCUGAGCCCUGGAUUGUGGUUUGUCCUUCAGUUUUCUGGUAAAGGAUGUAUAUGAAACUGAGCCAGCAGAGAGAUCUCAUAAAAGGAAGCAGGUUUCAGAAUCACCCAGACCUUGAUUCAGAUCCUAGCCCAGGAACUUUCCAGCUGUGUGACCUAGACAGACCUCCACCUCUUUGAAACUCAGUGUUGAUAAUGCCCAUUUUGAAAGAUAAUAGUUCCAGCACUUUGAGAGGCUGAGGCAAGAAGAUUGCUUGGCCAGGGGUUCGAGACCAACCUGGGCAACAGUUGCACUGCCCCCUACUCCUUCACCCCUCCCAACAAAACAAAAAGUUAUCUGGGUAGGGUGGCAUCUGUGGUCCUAGCUUCUUGGGAGUCUGAGAUGGGAGGAUCACUUGAGCCCAGGAGUUUGAGGUUAUAGUGAGCUAUGAUUGCACCAUUGCAUUCCAGCCUGGGCAGCAGAGCAAGACCCUGUCUCUAAAAAACAUAAUAAACAAAUUUUAUUUAAAAAAAAAAAAAAUGGAAAGAUCGGGCGCAGUGGCUCGUGCCUGUAAUCCCAGCACUUUGGGAGGCCAAGGCAGGUGGAUCACGAGGUCAGGAGUUCGAGAUCAGCCUGACCAACACGGUGAAACCCCAUCUGUACUAAAAAUACAAAAAUUAGCUGGGUGUGGUGGCACGCACCUGUAAUCUCAGCUACUCAGGAGGCUGAGGCAGGAGAAUCGCUUGAACCUAGGAGGCAGAGGUUGCAGUGAGCCAAGAUCACGCCAUUGCACUCCAGCCUGGGCGACAGAGCAAGACUCCAUCUCAAAAAAAAAAAAAAAAGGAAAGAUCAUUGUAGAGUAGAAACAAAAAACUAUUUUACACACAGUUUUAUGCUCAAUAAAUAAUAACUUUUGCCAGGUGUGAUGGCUCAUGCCUGUAAUCCCAACACUGGGAGGCCAAGGCAGGCAGAUCACUUGAGCUCGAGAGUUUGAGACCAGCCUGGGCAACAAAGUAAGACCCCAUCUCUCUACAAAAAAUACAAAAAUUAGCCAGGUGAGGCAGCAUGUACCUGUAGUCCCAGCUAUUCAGGAGGCUGAGGUGGGAGGGUGGCCUGAACCUGGGAGGCUGAGGUUGCAGUGAGCCGUGGUGACAACACUGUGCUCCAGCCUGGGCAACACAGCCAGACCCUGUCUCAAAAAUAAAAAUAAAAACAAUAACUUUUACUGCUACUACCAUAUAUCUUGCAAGGAGAGGCUUUUUGAAUAUGUACAAUUCUAGAUUCAAAAUGUUUCUAAACUGGGCAACCCUAACUUUCCCUGGGAGGCCGUCUGACCACCAUCUUCUGGCCUGGCUGCACGCCGGGUCCUGACCUCCAACCCACAGCACAGUGUGGUGACCAGGAGGAUGCCACAGGCCAGAAGAGUGCUGGGGAUGGAGCUGUGCUUUGACAAUUGGUGAGAGCUGCCAUUCUGGCAAGUCCCGCUCUAGGCCUUUUGUGUACAUUUGUUUAUUUAGUGCGAGGUGAAGGCAAAGAAAUGGAGGCCUAGACAAGCCCAGGCCCUUUCCUCUCGGGCUGCGGCACAGGAGGUGCGGGGCCUCAGCGCUGGUGAGUGGGGCCCAUGCCUUAGGGCCACGCCCUGCGGGUCGCGCUAGAAGAUGCUGCGUGGCAGUGGGAGGUGUAAUAUAUCCCCUCUGGGGGAAAGGCUGCCAGCUUCCAAACACUUGCCUGUGUUAGGGCCAUGGGGAGGAGGAGAGGCGCCUGCUGGGGACACACGGGCCAGGCUCCGGCUUCAGACACCAUUGGAACCACCUUGUGGAACAUCUGCAGCCACAACACAUAAAAAUGUUUUCCUUCCGGCAGCCACUUUCAUAAGGAUGUAAUAAUAUAUGCAGUGCACAAAUGGUUCUAUUUUUGGUGGGUCGGUAUUGCCACCGAGCCGACCCUGACCAGGUGUGGAGGGGAGUGAGCAGGGGCGGGCAAGGGGGCUGUGGAAAUAUGGCCGGGUGCACCGAGCCCUGUGCCCCUCACUUCCCAAGCACCUCUCUCCUUCCCUCCCCAGCCGCUGCGUGGCCAUUUACGUGGGCUCAGCUUCCCUGCCAUGGGCUGAGGGGGGCCUGUGUUCUAGGGGAUCAGUCUGCUCCUGGGGACAGUGUCGCACACUGCAAGACCCAGCCCUCUCCUCCACCCGACCUCUUCUACCUUUGUUGGCUAAGGGGUUUCGCCUGUUUGUUGUAAGACGGCUCUUGAUUCUGAAACACAAAGAUGGUAACCACGAGGCCAAAUUGCUGAUGUGACUGGACUUGCCCAGGUGACCCAGGACCUUUGCUGAUGGCCGUGACCUCUCUUUGGGUUGUUGGUGCCCAUUUAAAAUGGGGCCCACAGUGAGCUCAAAACCCUCAUCCCUUCCCUAGGGUGGCCGGGAAUCUGCCGUCCACAUGGAGCCGGGGAGGAGGAGAGACUGAUUUGCUGGAAGGACCUCAUUCAUUUCCAUCCAACCCCCAGGCUUCCCUGCCUGCCGAGCUGACUCCAGCCAGCCCUGAGCCUAGGCACAGUAACCACCUUCACGUCUGGGAGAACACACAGUCCCCGGAGGCCAGCAUGCAAAAGUUCUUUUUGAAGCUGGGUGGAUGGAGCCCCCUCCCUCCUGAGGGUGCUCCCCAGCUCCUGUUGAGCAGACAGCCCACCCCGUCGUCUUGACACCAGGGUUUUGCUAGUGGCAGAUAAAGAUGAUGUUCCAGCAGACGCUCCAGUGCUGCCGAGGGUGGUGUGUUUAUUAGACCUGAAAUGAGAACUGUCACUCUCAAGCUCAUGGGCACUCUCACUACUCCUGUUUUAUGGAGACCCCCUGGGGUCUGAGGGUCGAGAUUCCUCAGGAUGACUCGCCAGAGUGUGCCAAGACAGAUGGGAGCAGAGAAGCCGGUCUUUCUAGCAUUUCUCUCCCUCUUUUCCACUAGUCCUCAGUAAAACAGCCUUGCCAGAACCAGAUGUCUUUUUUCUGCAGAUAUUUACUGUUAUGACUUGGGAGGCAGCAGGUUCUGGACUGUUGACCUCACCUAGACCCCCUCCUUGUCAGAUGCCACCCGUUUUCUCAGACCCGUCGGUCUCCCAGACCACAUUGCUUUGUGAGCAGAUGCCUGUCAGGGACAGCUCUAUCAGAACAGACCGAGUCCAGCCCAGUGAGCCGUGAUGUUCUCUCACUGCUCGGUUCCCCCGCUCUGCCAUCUACAGCGACAUAGGUUGGGUCUGUUCCCCUGGCAGACAGCAGGCCUUCAGAGCCCUGCCAGAAUCUCUUGUGUCUUCCCUAGCACACACACAUCCCUCCCCACCCACCACCGCCAGGCCUGGAUAGCCCUAGUUCUUUCCCAUUUCUUGGUGUCAGGGUGUUCAGACCUUUUAAGCAGAUGAACGCUAACUCAUUCAAGGCUUUUAAAACCCAGUGCCUUAGCAGGGUACAGUGGCACACACCUGUAGUUACAGCUGUGUGGGAGGAUUGCAGGAGUUCCUGUCUAGCCUGGGCAACAUAGCAAGACCUUGUCUCUUAAAAGAAAAUUAAAAAAAAAAAAAAAGUGCCCUAAACUGAAUCCAGCCCUGCAGAUGUAGCUGGGCCAGGACAGAACAGAGGGGAACCACUGCCUUCCCAAGCAAGCGAUGGAAACUGGCAGCUGCAGUGUCUUCAUCACGUGAUGGGGUGGGAAUGCUGCCCCUUAUCUGGGCACAAGGAAUAGUGUCAUCUGUGCACCUUAAAGUUGCACAAAAGCUUUCCUAGUAGCGACAUCUCGUCCUUGUCAAACUUGAAAUUAUCUAAAAACCACAAGUCUCUUCAUAGGAACUGUUUGCAAGUCAGCAGUUCCCCAUUUUGUACUGCAUGAAAUGCACCCUUGAGCCUAAAUAUCUGGCUUGCAUUUGCCCUGGUACAUUUAACUGGCAUGGUGAGGUAGGAGGAGCAAAGGCGUCGGAAUCUAACAGUGCUGUAUGAUUCUUGCUUGUUUAAGCUUCGGUUUCCUUGGGUUUAAAACAGGGUUCCUAGGAAGCUGAGAUGGAAAAAGCUGGCUGCCGCCUGGCUCCAUUCCAAGUUGCUGCUCUCGUUCUGUAGCUAGCCCAGGUUUCUGGGUUCCGUAUUAACCCUGUGACCAUCUCAACCCUUGACACUGUCGAUAGGAAGCUGGCCAUUCUCUCAGCUGGGCCUUUACUUACUAAGUCCUGGAGAAACAAGUUGACCAAGGGCAGGCAGAGACUGCUACAGGGUGCCACAUAAUGUAUGCAGUGCACAAAUGGUUCUAUUUUUGGUGGGUCGGUGUUGCCAGCGAGCUGACACUGACCAGGUGUGGAGGGGAGUGGGUAGGGGGCUGUGGAAAUGUGGCCAGGUCCCUACCCCUAUCGGCAGAGGCUCCAUCCUGCCCUUCCUCUCAGCCACAGGUGCAGGAUGGUAGAUGGGAACUUGCCAGAAGGAUGCGACCCUAUUUAAGUAGUUGUGUUUUCUUCCAGCCCAGCAUCCCCACCAAAACAGGAAAAGAAGUGCUCUCGUGCAGGGGUUAUUCACAGUGAGCCUGGCUGGCUCCUCAUGAUCUCUGAGUUUAAAACGUGCCAGCAGAUGAUUUUAACGAUCCCAUCAAAAAUUGUCUGGAUCAGUUUCGAGCUAGCGUUUCCUUGCAGAGGCCAUUCUUCCUUUUUUUGACAAAAGUUGGGUCAGCCAGGUGCAGUGGCUCAUACUUGUAAUCCCAGCACUUUGGGAGGCCGAGGCAGGUGGAUCACCUGAGGUCAGAAGUUCAAGACCAGCCUGGCCAACAUGGCAAAACCCUGUCUCUACUAAAAAUAAAAAUAAAAUAAAAUUAAAAAAAAGCCGGACGUGGUGGUGGGCACCUGUAAUCCCAGCUACUGGGGAGGCUGAGGCAGGAGAAUCACUUGAACCCAGGAGGCAGAGGUUGCAGUGAGCCAAGAUUGCACCAUUGCACUCCAGCCUGGGCGACAAGAGCGAAACUCCGUCUCAAAAAAAAAAAAAAAAAAGAUAAAAGUCGGGUCAGUGCUGCCGCCCCCAGUGUCAAGAAUUGCAAUCACAGGUCGGGUUUGCCCGACCCUGGAAGCCUGGUCGUUUAAAGUGGCUUGGUUCUCUCCUGCCCUCUGCUCACCCCCUCUUAACCAGGUUGGUUCCAUCUUUCACAGCCUGAAAGUCAGUCUCCCUGAUGAGGAGAUGUAGAAAUAGAUGAGAAGCAACAGAGCCCGUACCCUCUGAGACAGUAUCUUCCCCCAGACUCCACCCUGUUCUCCUGGUUCCAAAGAGAGGAACCCGCCUUUUGCUGGUUUUUCUUCUGUGGGCCUGGUCUCAUUUUGAACUCUACCCUUUCUGAUGCUGUUCUUUUCUUCCUCUUUCUUGAUUAUUUAUUUCAGCUUCCACAUUUUAUUUCAACAACAUCAGUCAUGGUAGCUGCGUAUUCCUAUUUUCAGUGUAGUAACGUUGAGCAUUUAUGUUCCUAGCACUCUUCCAGGUACCCUGUGCGUUAUGAGGCAGGCACAUCUCUCCUGAAAGAAUUUAUAUUCUUGUCAGGGAAAUAAGGCUUCAGAUCAGAAAAAAUUUGGGGUAAAGUGCCGAAUUCCUUCUACCCUAACCUGCCUCCAUUUCCUCCCUCCUCCGAGUUGAGAUGAUUGGGUCAGAGCCAGCUCUUCCUGGGCUUGGGAAGAGGAGAUGGGGCUUGAGUGCUGCUGCCCCCCCUCAUAACCUCAGAGUCUGUAUUGAGACUCUCUUGCUCAAACUCCCCUCGCAGAGUAGAACGAACAGGCCCUGGUGCGAGGAAGGGUUUGACCCAGGCUCUGCCAUUGCCACCUGCAUGACUAGGGUGAGCCACUGAAUCCCUCUGGCCUGAAGUCUCCGUCGGAGGUUGUCUGUCCCUCCCUGCGAGACUGCAGCAGAUGGCACCCCAAAGCCACCAUUUGGGAGUGCCAGGGCGCAGCAGCAGCACAGAAGCUUCCCCUGCAGUGUCAGGCCCUGAACCUGGGGUGGAUGGCCCAGUGUGGGCCUGCGCCUGCCAGUAGAGGCCUGAAGACAAACUGAGCGAGUCUUCUCCAGUUGGCUCGGGUGAGCUGGUGCCUGCCAAGGGCUGCUGCUGUGGCUCUGGGCAUCUGCCUGCUCUACCAUGGGCAGCAGCAAAAUCUUCUCCCUUGGAAGUGGGGACUCUGGGCUUCUGCCCUCUGGGCUCUUUAUGGUCUGAAACUGAAGUCGGUUUGUGCUUCAGUUCCCAGGCUGCAAAACUGGCCUUGUCAUACCUGCAGCUGGCUCUGCGGUGGGAACAAUAGGCUCUUUGCAGACCAUGGAGGUGGGGUGGGCUGUCUGCCGUUCUCAGAAAGCUCUGGCUUUCUCUGACUUGGAAUGUUUCUGUCUUUUGCAGAUGGAGAAGGAUGAAACUGUGAGUGACUGCUCCC